AUGAGAGGGGAGGACGCGAUAGUGGUGACUACCGUGGCUGCUCCCGAGGCGGGCCGCGACGCGGAGCAGCCUCGGCAACUGACCCAGCUGGGGUGCGGGACGCGCGUAGAGCCGGGCGUCGGCAGCCCACAGGAGUCCCGCAAACCGUGGAAGAAAUUUUUAUAUUGUGAGCCACAUAAGAGAAUUAAGGAAGUACUGGAAGAAGAACUUUAUAUUAAGAGAGAUGAAUGCCACGUUAAAAAUCCACCUGCAGUGGCCUUGGAAGGGAUUUGGAGCAUUAAAAGGAAUCUCCCCGUGGGAGGCUUGAAGCCAGGACUGCAGAGCAGAAACACUUUACUGCCACAAGCCAAGUACUAUUCGAGGCAUGGAGGGCUGAGAAAUGAGAAAACUGAGACGUAG